CGUUUUGGUGAGCGCGCGCGCCGGCCGUAAGACUCGGGCGUCAGUGCUGCAUCGACUGUGGCCGAGGUAGCCUCCACUUAGCAACGUGCUUAGAUCACCGGUGACUUAUCGAUCUUUUGUGUUUUUUUUUUCUUCCUCGACGCAUGGACUUUUAGACUCUUUGGUGUGUGAAAGUGCUAUCAGGAUAUAAGACCGGGGUACAGGCUAUUGCGGUGUUCACGGAUUCAUUGCUGUUUCUGAAAGAGGUCACCUACAAGAAACUUAUAGCUAAGGUUGGACGAAGCAUAAACUGGUGAAGAACGAUGUGCCAUCAGCGACGCCAACUAUUGUACUGACAAAUUAAUCCCGAGUCGAGUUGAAACACCUUGAGCCAUGGAUUGCAGAAUCCUACUUCUGUUUGCGGUAUCAGCGCAUUUGUGCAGCGUAGCGUCGAGCGAUGGCGCCCUGCUCACACAGACGGUGUACGGUUUCCUGGACUUCACCACCACCAUCGGUAACACCGUCAUGGUGUUCUCGCCCGCCUCCGCGCCCGCACCAGAACCACCAACAACUGAAAAAGUCGUGCAAGAAAACAUUAUCGAAACGAAACCACCGCCUAUUGUAAAUGCAAAACCAGAAAAUAUUAAACCAAGUAAACUAUCAGACACAAAAGAUAACACAAAGAAACCUGCCUCCCCGGUGGUUUUGUCAAGUGCCGUAUCUGUCGUAACAUCUCCUCCGAAAAAAGAAGAGAAACCAAAACCUGUCAUCAAAGAAAUAAAACAAGUCAUUUCAAAAGUUGAAGUGGUUGCCAGUCCUUCCAAAAUCGUAGAAAACCCUCCGAAACAAAAUGCACCUAAAUCAAACAAGCCGAGCCCACAAUCAAGCAAAAAGAAAGAGCAACCCAUCAAAAGUGUGACAAAUAUUGUGAGCAGUAAAGUUGAAGUCAAAGAAGGACCACCACCGUCAGCCACUCCCAAACUUCACAGUGUUGUUGAAAUCAAGUCCAGUGAACCAGCUGAUGAGGAACCGGCCAUUUUAAUCACCAACAAUAACAUUGGAGAACCAGAAUAUGACUUUCUAUCCAGGCAACCCUCCGAGUUUGUUGAAGAAACAUACAAAGUUAUCAACCUACGCCCGUCAAAAGCCCAUCAGCAAAAACCUAAACAUAAGAAUCGACCUCCAACACCGCCACCUGAAGAUGAUGACGAACAUCCGAUAGGACUGGUGACUACGUUGGGUGGAACUAUUGUAAGAGAUGGACUCACAACAGUUCAUGAAACAAGCGUAAUCGGAACUUACAUUUCUGGGAAAUAUGCUCAGGUUCUGAAUAGCAAUUCACGAGUUCUUCAGCCUUCUGGACAUAAAGCAAAGAUUUCGCCGACACCAACGCACAGGAUUCUUAAGACACCAGCUCCGGGUAUAUCUAAGAAUCGAGAUAGACAUUUGGAACCAACACCCUCAAUUGAUGAUUCAGGAUUUGAAAAUAACAAGAAUACUCGAAGGGCAGUAAGCAGCGGCAGCUCUUACAAAAACCGCGAUAGAAGUCAGGUUAACAGCAACGCUAAAAAUGAUCAUGAUAGUAAUCCCGGUUCAAACAAAAAGUUUAAAAACAGGGUUUCUUCGCAAUCUCAGCGAACUCAAAGUACUCGAUAUGGCCGACCAGCAAACCCCGCUCAAUUGGCUACCGUCUCUGUUUUCAGUGAACCAUCUGCAUCGUUCUCAAACAGACGGAAGAGUAACAAUCGCAACUCCAUCCAGAAGUCUUCUGUUGCUCCAACCAACAGUGAGAAUCAGUCGCGCCGUGGCUUCAAGCCGCGCAUCCAGCCGUCUGCCGUAGAGCAAGUCACCCCCAGUGCCUCCACCAGCGUAUACAAGUUUAAGCUAAACAGAGCGCCCGGCUCAGGACGCUGGCAAUACAAAACGAGCCCGAAACCAAAAGUUACCAUUCGAAAAAUGAAAGACGAUGAUGAAACCUCGACCACUCCUAGCAUCAACCCGCUCCUUGACGACCCGCAAUCGAAUGACAUCACGCUGCAAUCUCGAUCUGACAAUGACCUAGAACUGUCGGGCUCGCAUAGUGGACCAGGCUCUCUCCUCGAGAAUGAUACAGAUGAAAACUCAAUCGAAAAAUCACCUCCAGUAGAAACGCUAAGAGUGGAAAUUUCUACGCCAGCUGACUUCAAAGAUGUAUACUAUGAAAUUGCUACCAUUCGGUCUCCUUACACUUUCCAGGUUGGACGAGUCAAAAACACCCGUAUCAUCACAGUCACUUCAACUAUUAAAAAGAGUAUAGAACCUACUGUAACGCCGACGCAAAGUUCUCUCAACGAGCCGUUGACAGAAAAUAUUUUAGCGACUGCAUCUCCAUAUGACAAAGACCAUUACCUCCUUGAUUCCAGCAUAGCUACACUACCUGCCUUGACACUAGGAUCAGACAUGGAAACACCACCUCUAGAGACCUACACUGAAACAUUCAGCACCACACAGACGAUGUUGAAAACGCACAUAUUACCAGUAGUCAGAGAUAUGAAUAUGACCAGCAGUUUAACUUUCAUACAAACGUAUGUGGUAACAAGAUUAGUGACAGCCACGAAAACUCUACCUCCCAUGGAACUAUACCAGUUCAUUCCCAGCAAAACUUUGAAAGAAUUCAACAGCCGUCUUGACGAAGCCGGCUCCGAGCUACACUUGGAGUUAGAUUUCGGAGAUAGCAACGAAGACGAGGAGGGAUCUCCGCGAAGAGUCUUCCCUCCGGAUCUAGACUUGGCCAAUAUCGGGACGGACUUUGACCUUUCGGAAGUGGACAAGUACCGCGUUCCUGACAAUCACUUGAGGCUGAAGAAAGCUCACGGGCAGAACUUGAAGUCGAACCACGUGACGGAGGCGCCCGCGGCGUCCACGCCGGCGCUGACCCCCGAGCAGGCCCAGCAGCUGGCCCUGCUGCGGCUAUUGAACCCCGCCGCCGCCGCGCAGAUCCCCAACGUCGUCACCACCUCCAAACCCAUCCUCACCUACGAAACUGUUUACGAAUCGCACGUCAUACCGUUCUUUGACGGCAAGAACACUGUCAGCAGCACUAUAUCUCGGCCCGUCGCAACGCUAACGAAAACAGAAUACGAAAUCGGGACAAGCAGCUUACCCGCUUUGCCGCAGCCUCUAAAUCCGCUCUUCCCGCAACAAUUCUCGCUAACUUCAACGCCAGUCGUGUUGAACACAGAAGUUACAGCGACUGAGAGUCAAGUUUUGAAAUUAACUUUCGGCGCGAAGACAGUGUAUACCACGUUGUUCAGUACCCGCGUGGUGCCGACGGUGCUGACGUCAUACGUGACCUCAUCCGUGGCCGUGCAGCCCAGUGCCGCGCCCGGCUUCCCCGGGUACUUCCCGCAGCCCUUCCCGCCGUUCCCCUACGUAGGAUAAGUGCAUCACUGUCAGGAAAUUUGUGAUAGAACACUUUCGCGAAUCGCAUAGAACUCCAGUGUUGUGAAUUUUUGUGAUGGAAACACAAAAGUUUUCCUUGUGAGCGAAACUUUGUAAACGAGAGUGCGUUCUCGGUUGUUGUACAGUGCACGUGAUAAACUAUAUUGCUAGUGGUGAACAACAACACAAUGUUGCGAUUUAUAGCUUUUGUGAAACUCGAAAACUCUAAACUUGUAUUUCUUAUAAAGUUUUCCCUAAGCUUAGCCAGGCGAUGUGAGUUAUGAAUACGCCAAGUAGUUGCUAAAAUAUAUCAGAUCUGCAAUAAUUCUACACUGCCUUCGUUGUAAAUAUCGUUAUUUAUACUUUUCAUGUUCGUUGUAAAUAUUUUAAAACAAAAUCAUAAAAUAAUUUAAGUUAGUGUCAAAGUUACGAAUAAAAUUAGUUGUAAAAAUAUUUUUCUAAUGUGUAGUUAGCAUUGUAAUGGAAUUGAAUACUCUUUUUUAUACAUUUUGUAAAUCCUCUAAAUAAUUGAUUUAAUGUAAUAAAAGUUGUAUAAUAA